AUGGCGGAGCAAGGCGAGUCUCGUCCGGCUCCUGCCCAAAAUCCGCAACCAGUGCUGACAACGAGCUGGCCAAUUGUCAGGGACUCGUACGAGCUCCAGGAGGUUAUAGGUAGCGGGGCUACGGCAGUGGUCCAGGCAGCCCUGUGCAUUCCCAGACAAGAACGCGUCGCUAUAAAGAGAAUCAACCUGGAGAAAUGCCAGACCAGCAUGGAAGAACUGCUGAAAGAGAUUCAAGCCAUGAGUCAGUGUAACCAUCCAAAUAUAGUCUCAUACUACACCUCAUUUGUGGUGAAGGAUGAGCUUUGGCUGGUUAUGAAACUCCUCAGUGGAGGGUCCGUGUUAGAUAUCAUUAAGCACACAUUCAGCCGUGGGGAGCACAAAAACGGAGUUCUGGAUGAGCCUAGCAUAGCCACCAUUUUAAAAGAGGUCCUGGAGGGUUUAGAUUACCUGCACAGAAAUGGACAGAUACACAGAGAUGUGAAAGCAGGGAAUAUUCUCCUAGGUGAAGAUGGUUCAGUGCAGAUUGCAGAUUUUGGGGUUAGUGCAUUUCUAGCCACAGGUGGAGACAUGACGAGACAUAAAGUGAGGAAAACCUUUGUGGGAACGCCAUGUUGGAUGGCACCAGAGGUUAUGGAACAGGUACGAGGUUAUGACUUCAAAGCAGACAUUUGGAGCUUUGGAAUCACGGCCAUCGAGUUGGCGACAGGGUCUGCUCCUUACCACCGAUAUCCGCCUAUGAAAGUUUUAAUGCUGACUUUGCAAAAUGAUCCUCCUACUUUAGAGACAGGUGUGGAGGAUAAAGAAAUGGUUAAAAAAUAUGGGAAAUCAUUUAGAAAACUCAUCACCUUGUGCCUUCAGAAAGACCCCACCAAGAGGCCAACAGCAGCAGAACUUCUGAAAUAUAAAUUUUUCCAAAAGGCCAAGAACAGGGAAUACCUGAUUGAGAAACUGCUGUGCAGAGGGCCAAACAUUAGCCAAAGAGCCAAAAAGGUGAGACGCGUUCCAGGGUCCAGCGGACACCUCCAUAAGACGGAGGACGGAGACUGGGAAUGGAGUGAUGAUGAGAUGGAUGAGAGGAGUGAGGAGGGCAAGGCUGCUGUCAAUCAAGGCAGGUCACGACGGGUCAAAGAAGCAGACCGAGAUGUAAGUGUGAAUGCCAACAAUGUACCCAUAGAGGACUUGUCCAUUCAGCAGCCCCAGGUCCAGCCGUACGAGCAGACCCCUUACAUUCAAGGUGCUGUGAAUAUGGUACUGAGGCUCAGGAACUCACGGAGGGAGCUCAACGAUAUUCGUUUUGAAUUCACUCCAGGUCGAGACACUGCCGAUGGAGUAUCACAGGAGCUGUUCUCUGCUGGCCUGGUCAACGGCCAUGAUGUUGUUGUGGUUGCUGCUAACCUUCAGAAGAUUGUAGAAGACCCAAUUACCUGUAAAGUAUUGACCUUUAAGCUGGCAUCUGGCUGUGAGGGAACAGAGACUCCAGAUGAGGUGAAGCUGAUUGGCUUUGCUCAGCUGAGCGUCACCUGA